GCCUCCCUUCCUCCUCCUGCUCUCCAGCUCCCCCUGGUCGACGGUGGGCAGGCGGGCGCCGCGCUGCUGGCUGUUCUUGCUGAAGAGACCCACAGCCAGAGCGCCUGCUCCCAGCGCUUCUACUCCCAGGGAGGGUCCGCGUCAGAGUGCCCAGGCCAUGCCACUGAAACACUAUCUCCUUUUGUUGGUGAGCUGCCAAGUCUGGGGUGCCGGGCUGGCCUAUUAUGGCUGCCCUAGCGAGUGUACCUGCUCCAGGGCCUCCCAGGUGGAGUGCACGGGGUCGCGCAUUGUGGUAGUGCCUACCCCUCUGCCCUGGAAUGCCAUGAGCCUGCAGAUCCUCAACACACACAUCACCGAACUCAACGAGUCCCCAUUCCUCAACAUCUCGGCCCUCAUCGCCCUGAGGAUCGAGAAGAAUGAGCUGUCCCAAAUCAUGCCUGGUGCCUUCCGCAACCUAGGCUCACUGCGUUACCUCAGCCUUGCCAACAACAAGCUUCAGGUUCUGCCUAUCGACCUCUUCCAGGGCCUGGACAGCCUUGAGUCACUCCUUCUGUCCAGCAACCAGCUGGUGCAGAUCCAGCCAGCACACUUCACCCAUUUCAGCAACCUCAAGGAGCUGCAGUUGCAUGGCAACUACUUGGAACAAAUCCCUGAUGGUGCCUUUGACCACCUGGUGGUCCUUAACAAGCUCAAUCUAUGCAAGAAUAGCCUCACCCAACUCUCACCCAGGGUCUUCCAGCGUCUGGGCAACCUCCAGGUCCUCCGGCUGUGUGAGAACAGGCUCUCAGACAUCCCCGUAGGCACUUUUGAUGGGCUGGGCAACCUUCAGGAACUGGCCCUGCAGCAGAACCAGAUUGGUGUGCUCUCCCCUGGCCUCUUCCACAACAACCGUAACCUCCAGAAUCUCUAUCUGUCCAACAACCACAUCUCCCUGCUGCCCCCUGGUAUCUUCAUGCAGCUGCCCCAGCUCAACCGUCUCACACUCUUUGGGAAUUCCCUGAAGGAGCUGUCUCCAGGGAUCUUUGGGCCCAUGCACAACCUUCGAGAGCUUUGGCUCUAUGACAACCACCUCACUUCUCUACCUGACAACAUCUUCAGUAACCUCCGCCAGUUGCAGGUCCUGAUCCUCAGUCGCAACCAGAUCAGCCACAUCUCCCCCGGUGCUUUUAAUGGGCUGACGGAGCUGCGGGAGCUGUCCCUCCACACCAAUGGGCUGCAGGAGCUGGAUGGGAAUGUCUUCCGCAUGCUGACCAACCUGCAGAACAUCUCCCUGCAGAACAACCGCCUCAGACAGCUUCCAGGGAAUAUCUUUGCUAAUGUCAAUGGCCUCAUGACCAUCCAGCUGCAGAACAACCAGCUACAGAACCUUCCAGUGGGCAUCUUCGAUCACCUGGGGAACCUAUGUGAGCUUCGCCUCUAUGACAACCCCUGGAGGUGUGACUCAGACAUCCUUCCACUCCGCAAUUGGCUCUUGGUCAGCAAAUCCAGGUUGGGGACAGACACCCUCCCAGUGUGUUUCAGCCCAGCCAGUGUCCGAGGCCAGUCCCUCAUCAUUGUCAACAUCAACACUGUUGUCCCCAGUGUCCAGGUUCCGGUGAUCUCCGAGGUGCCCAGUUACCCAGAAACACCACAGUACCCAAAUACACCUAGCUAUACUGAAUCCACCUCCACCUCUUCCACCACUCAGUUCAUCAGCACCGUGGAGGACGUCACUGAUCUGACCACCAUCAUUGAGGGCACCGAAGACCGCAAUGUGGGCAUGACCAGGGCCCAGAGUGGGCUGGCCAUUGCUGCCAUUGUCAUUGGCAUCAUUGCCCUGGCCUGCUCCCUGGCUGCCUGCAUCUGCUGUUGCUGCUGUAAGGAGAGGAGCCAUGCGGUCCUGAUGCAGAUGAAGGCACCCAAUGAGUGUUAAAGAGGCAGGCUGGAGGCAGGGCUAGGGAAUGGUGGAACCGCUGGAGGAUCUGGGAAUUUCAUCCUUUGUUCCUUGCCCCUGGGUCCACAGAGCCAUCCCCUGCUCCCUCUCUCUGGUCCCUGAGAGGAAGGCACCCCCAUCUUUUCCUGACCUGCUUUUGCAGAACCUUCUUACCACCAGAGAGAUCCAACCCUGCAAGGUUUCCGUUUGCCAUCCCUGGGCUUCCUGAAAGAAAUCCCUUCCUCUAAAGCCUCACCAGCUUUCCUCCGAGAACAACCUUUCCUGUGCCCGCACCCCUGCUGGCCUCUGUAGGCUCACUCAUUACAUGCCUGCUCACUUUGUGGAAAUAGUUCUCCACUGGGACAGCCUCUCUCCCAACCACUCUGUAAGAAGUUGAUUUCCCUUCUUUUGCUCCGCUUGUUUGUGGCAUGGCUCUACUCUGUCACUUCAAAUGAAGUUCUGCUUUGAUUGUCUGCUCCUGAAAGAAGGCUUUAAACCAUUUAGCUGGUUUCUUAAGAACUGCCAAGCACCCUGGCUCUCAGGAUGCUAUGAAAGAGAGAGGGGAGGAUGCUGCUGCUCAGUUUCUGGAGACAGAGCCACCAUCAGCAUCUCUUGUGCUUUUUAUCUGGAAAAGGAGGAAAGGCACGAGUGCAACCAGUUCAGCCUUUUAGGGAAUGAUGUUUCCAAGCUGCCAACUUUGCUUUUAAAUUUUUAGUCCUUUAAGGAAUAAAAUCAUGUAGAAUUUAUGACCGCUAAAAAUGCUAAAAUCAGCUUAUUGGUACUGGGUGGAGAAAGCAGCCUGGUACCUGCAGGUCCUGGUAUCUACCCCUAGGAUUUUUCUCUUUUAACUGUUUAUUGAAGGGUAACAUGAAUACAGAAAAGUGGGAGCAUGAAAGUAUACAGUUUGAUGGAUUUUCACAAACUGUACACACCCUGUAAUCAGCAUCCAGACCAAGAAACAGGACAUCACCAGUAUCCCUUAUCCUGGGCUUUCACUGGAACAGACUGGGGCUUAUGGAGAUGGUAUGUGCUUCCCUGGGAACUGGCUCCCUGUGGGCCAGGGUGGGCCCUCCACUGCCCCUCCUCCCAGUCAGCCCUUGUAAAGAUCUAGCUACCAGGGGCAGAGGAGAAGAUGUGGUACACUCGGGCCAGGACAGAAGGUUUUAUUAAAUGCCCAGACCCUGAGGUGCUCAGAUUGGCCAGGUCAGAAGUAUCUCAACUGUGGAGGCUCACACAACCACACACUCUUCCCUGCCAACAAGCUGUCUGCUGUUCACUGGAGGCCCUUCUGCCUCAACCUUUUAUGGGCAUGACAUGCCUAUAUCUGUUUUUAAUUUUCACCCCCCAUUUGGGGGAAGUGAAAUAGUUCAGACAUGAGGUCCUUUCAUUGAACAGCCAAGUGUAAUGGAACUCAGCAAUCCCUCUCAUGUAGUGGGAAAUUCUCCAUCAACAUUAUAGUCAGCUAGAAACUGAACUUCAGAAUUCUUAUAUAUAUAUAUCAGGAAAUGUCAGGAUUUACAAAUAGGUCACACUGGGCCUGGGGGCUCUCUGGAGAAACUCUUGCCUGGGUCUGGUGAUAAGAGUUGUUUCUUAUCACCAGAAACUUCUGGUGGUUAUUUUCCCCUUGAGUUACAACCACAGCAAUAGCAGCCCUUGCUGCCGUUCCCCCUACAUACAUAUUCACACUAGUAAAUUAUGUUCACAGAAAUGAAUAUCUUUCUGUGGACAACUGGUCUACCGAUUUAGAAGUAAGAGUUCUAAAUGGAGAAUUUCAGGUGUCCAUGUCUUCCCAGGAAAGAACUAUAACCAACACUAUAAAGAUUUGGGAAUCUGCCAUUAAUCCUGACUGGCUCUUACUGGUUUCCUCCUCCCCAUAAGACAAACCUCCUUGGGCCUUAGCAGAAUGAUGCUGACAGAUCCCCAAAAGAGGGCAGGAAGAGAUGUGCACCAGAACUAGUGCUGUUGGUAGCAUUUUACUCUCUGUUCCAGAGAAUCUGGGAAGGAGGGCUUGUCAGAGGCAAAAGACAUCACAGUGCAAAUCUAGGGCUCCAAAACGUUUUCAAAAUAUUUGUAGCAACUGGUAGACAUGUACCAAGGCUUGCUGGUGCCUGAAAGGAAGUGAGCUCAGAGCUUGGGGCAUGAGCAUCAUUCCACAGAUGGUAGUCUGCCUUAUUGAUCCUGAGGCCAGAGAAGGAAGUUCAGCCUUCUCUGCUUCAGACAGGAAGCAUGGUUUGGCACUGCCUUCCUCAAGGUACUCCUUAUGAGUUGGUGCUAGCAUCUCAUUGUUCAACAGCACAAGUGGGCCAGCGGCGGCAGAGCGGUGGGAAAGGGUCCUCUUCAUCCAGUGCAUCCUGCCAGUCUGCACCCAGAACCCCUGGGUACCUCCAGCAUUGGCUAUGUCAUUGGAGUGCCUUCCCCUCUGGCCCACAAUAUCAACCUGUGUCCCCGAGCCCAAGCUGGCCUGGGGGCAGCUGUGCUCAGAUGACCACACCCAGGAGCAGGUGGGGGUAGUAGCCCCUUUACUGGGCCUUCUGAGCUUGCCUGCUCCUUUCUGCCAUUAGAGUGGGUUGGAUGGAGCCAUCCAGCCUCCUCUUCCUUGACAGGUCUUUUGGCUUCUCUGAACCAUGUUGUCUGGUCAGGGAGCUGCCAGAAAAGCUGCGUAGUUUUCUUUCCAACAGGGCAAUGCAUUUGCUCACAUCUCAGAGCUGGAGUGAGUCACUUGGCCACCACCCCUACCCUCUGCCACCCAAUGUUGAGGUAGGGCACAGAGUCUACUUUGCUUUCCCUCUCUCCUCACUGGCUUCUAGGUCAGUCGGCUUGCCAGUACUAGUAGCCUGCAUGUGUAGUGGAGGCUCAAUGUGGGAGGAAAGAGAAUAAAAGCCAGCUGGAACCAGUGUUUUUAAAAAAUGCUUACUGUGCAUAGUUACCCUUUAAAGCACUUAACAGGCAUUUUCUUUUCUAACCCUCGCAGCACCCCUGUGCAUGAGUCCAGCUUAUCCCCUCGUGGUAGGGUCUAAAACUGCCGACCUCCUGCAACAUUAUUCAAUAUGUCACGGGUUUGCCUUCUCUUUAAACUUCGCACAAGACCUCAUGGCCUGUCCUGGGCUUUCAUCAUUAAACCAAAGAAAACAGGAGUCGCUCUCCUGUUGUCUCCCAGAGUCUUAACCACUGAAACCUCACUUGGCACUGUGUGGACCAAAAACUUUGUAAAUACAGGGAAAAAUUAAACUCAUCCAUCCAUUAAGGAAAAACUGGCCCCUCUCUUGGAAAUUGUUGGGCUGUGUGUACAUGGUCUCCUUCUCUAGAAUUUAAAGGCACAGCAUAGUUCUCAGAACUCUUCGUGGACAACAACAGUUUUCACAGCCUUCCAGAUGCCACGUAGAGCAGUUGCAGGCAUCUAUUUCUAAACUCAGGAAGCUUUCAGAGAGCAGACAGCUCAAGAUAACUAGAUGACUAGAGUUGGUUAACAGACAGUGGGUGUAUCCCAGCCUUCUGCUGCAAACCUCUCAGAGAGUUCAGCCCACGGACCCAGAACUGACUCUGGGUUGUUGGGGAGGUGGUGGUGGUCUUGGGGAGGAAGCCAUGUCAGAGAGGGUGGGCAGGUGUUCUCCAGGCCAAAGUCCUCCCAGUCUGAGUUCUCUCCUUCCCCUAAGGAUGGAUCGUUCUCACCAACCCCGUACCUUCAUGCUGCCUUCAAAAGUAGAUCAUGUUUGCCUUCCUUAGAGAAUCAUUGCAAAUAAUCCCAGGAGCUUGGUGAUUGAUGUAUUUAGAGAUUUCUAGGUCCCUAGGGUUUUAUAGAGUAUGAACCCUGGUGGGCAAGGUUGGGGGUCCAUCUUUGCUGGGGCUCUGUCUUUGCUGGAUGCUGCUUAUAACAAAUUUGGUGUACAGAAUCAACAAUAAAUGGUAUACAC